CCGCCGCCGCCCCCGCCAGGCCCGGCCCCGCCGCAGCGCGGGCGGUCAGUGCGCAGCCCCGGCGCCCGCCCGGAGCCCGGAGCCGGAUCGCGGGCUCGGAGCGAACCCGACCCGAACGCCGCCCCCAGCCAGGCACCAUGCUGCUACUCCUGCUGGGCGUGCUGGGCCCUGCCGCUUGCUGGGCCCUGGAGCCGGCUCCGGGCUCGACGGAGCUGCGCUCUGCCUUCUCGGCGGCACGCACCACCCCCCUGGAGGGCACAUCGGAGAUGGCGGUGACCUUCGACAAGGUGUACGUGAACAUAGGCGGCGACUUCGACGCGGCCACAGGCCAGUUCCGCUGCCGCGUGCCCGGCGCCUACUUCUUCUCCUUCACGGCUGGCAAGGCCCCGCACAAGAGCCUGUCGGUGAUGCUGGUGCGCAACCGCGACGAGGUGCAGGCGCUGGCCUUCGACGAGCAGCGGCGGCCAGGAGCGCGGCGCGCCGCCAGCCAGAGCGCCAUGCUGCAGCUCGACUACGGCGACACGGUGUGGUUGCGGCUGCACGGCGCCCCGCAGUACGCUCUCGGAGCCCCCGGCGCCACCUUCAGCGGCUACCUAGUGUACGCCGACGCCGACGCCGACGCGCCUGCGCGCGGGCCGCCCGCGCCCCCCGAGCCGCGCUCUGCCUUCUCGGCGGCGCGCACGCGCAGCCUGGUGGGCUCGGACGCCGGCCCGGGGCCGCGGCACCGGCCUCUCGCCUUCGACACGGAGCUCGUCAACAUCGGCGGCGACUUCGACGCGGCGGCCGGCGUGUUCCGCUGCCGCCUGCCGGGCGCCUACUUCUUCUCCUUCACGUUGGGCAAGCUGCCGCGCAAGACGCUGUCCGUGAAGCUGAUGAAGAAUCGCGACGAGGUGCAGGCCAUGAUUUACGACGACGGCGCGUCGCGGCGCCGCGAGAUGCAGAGCCAGAGCGUGAUGCUGGCGCUGCGGCGCGGCGACGCCGUCUGGCUGCUCAGCCACGACCACGACGGCUACGGCGCCUACAGCAACCACGGCAAGUACAUCACCUUCUCCGGCUUCCUGGUGUACCCCGACCUCGCCCCCGCCGGCCCGCCGGAGCUCUGAACCCCGACCGGGAGAGGAGCCCAGGGGCGGCCCGGGGCGUGUAUGCCGAGCCGGGCCGUGGCCUGAAAGCCCCGCCGGCGCGAGCAUGACGGCCCGCCCAGUGUGGCUGACUCUGCCAAUAAAGUGGGCCUGCGUCGGCGCCUGUC